CUCGCCUGAAGUGGCACCCGCUCUGGGCCUUUGAUGAAGUUCGGGGUGCCCCAAGGGCAUGCAGAUGACGACGACGAUGGCCACGAGUACUCUGACGACAGUGAGAGCGAUUCAGACGCCCCAGCCGUCAUGGAUACGCCGCUCAAGUCGAUCAGUCACAGCCGCUUCACUGCGCCGACUCGACCUGCCCCUCCGUCUGCUUCCUCGACCGACAGCAAGUCUCAUAGAUCACAGAACGUAGCGCGAUCGUCCACAUUGUCCGACAGCCGCUCUGAGGCGCACUGCCUGAGCUCGUACGCCCAUGACGCGCACAGAGACAAUGCUAGCUCGGCGCACAGACAAGACGCACAGCAGACAGGGCCAACGCUCGUCCUGCCUCCCUCCCUCUCACUCGCCAAUCGACUACGGUCACAGUCUUUUGGGCCAAGCGCAAGUCGCAUACCAGGCACAAUGUUUCGCGUCGUCGAGCUCUCCGACUCCUCAGACGAGGAUGAGGCCGGCGACUCCGACGGAUUCUUGUCCUCGAAGGACUCUUAUGCCCCUUCACAGCUCGAUGAGAUCUCUCGUCAUGCUGCACUGCGCGAUGCAGGCCAAUCUGACCCAUGGGAUCAGUGGAAUGCCGAUGCCCAGCGACAGUCCUGGCUACAGGCGCGACAGACACAACACCAACGACAGGGCCAGCGCACGCUUGCCGAUCUCGCCGGGCGCCAGGCUCGCCGAGAGCAUGACAAAGCCAGCACUCGCAGAGAGAUAGACGCCAUCACCACCGCUCUCGAACAGACCGAGAUCGCCCGACGCCAGGACGAGGAUCGCACGGUCAAAGCCUUUGAAGCGCGUAAUUCGAUACUUUGGAGGGGGAUCGACGAGGCCAUCAGAAUAGCCGAACACAAAGCAUCUGUCGCACGCGAAGAGGCAGCGCGCGAGCAGAAGGAACAGCAGGAAGCAGCCGCGAAACAAGCGCAAGCGAAAGCAGAAGCGGAGGCCAAGGCAGGUCGAGAGAAGGAAGCUGCACAGGCUGCGACGAAAGCAGCCGAGGAGCGCCAAAAACUGGCAGCAGAACAAAAGGCAAAGGAUGACGCCGCAAAAGCUGCCGCACAGACGACCACCCAGGCGGGCGUCGGAGGCUGGCUGUCGCCUCUCGAAGAAUGGCAGCGUCACCGAGAUCUCAUGGUGCAUAUAAAGACACAGAUUCUGCCUCUCGUCAAGGCCAAUCCGACUUGGAAAGCGACCUGCUUCGCAGAGAAACGCCAGAUCACAAAGCGCAUAGGGCAGGUCACCAAUUCGGCACGCGACAUCAUACAAAUCACGCAAGAUUUGGGGGCGACUUUGCAGCGCGCGCAAGCCACACCAGCUUGUUACGAUUGGUUGUGCAAUCACCUCAGCAAAUCGCUGAUAGCGCAAGCCGAGACGGAGAUCACCAGCCGACGAGAAGUUGCCUUUCCACUGGCGCGGAUCGUACUCGGCUUGAUACUAGCGGGCCACGAUCGCUUCGGAAGCGUCCUGAUGGCACGUCUUGUCAAAAAGUGCUUCUGGAUCACUGCUGCUUUCCCGCCAAAGGCAUCGGCAAUGACGGAGGAAGAGCAUCAAAAGUUACUCGGCUACCGACCAGCUAGUGCGGGCGAAUCGAGCAUACAGUAUGCAAGUAGACAAGCCGGCAUCCUCACGCUCUGGGCGGCCAUCGUACAGACCUCACCUAUGGAGCAGCCGCCAGGACCCGCGCGAUCUACAGAGCAGCUCGCACUUGUUCCCAAGGAGCUCAGACCGGCCGCGGCAUGGCGCUGGCUCGUCCUCGUGCUCAAGACACCUCUCGUCGGUCUCGAACCAAUUCCACAAAUGCUUCACGUCGUACUUGAAGUGGCAGGCAAGACGCUGUCGGAAGCAUACGGUCGCGUGUUCAUCAACUUUUUGGGCUCAUUAGUGCAAGACGGUAUCAAAGCGAACAGGGCUGGCUUCAACGAGAAGAGCAAGGCGACUGUCACGACACUCCAGCUACUGCUCGAAGAUUGGCAAAUGGCAGGACGUAUCCAGAGCUUAAAGGAUCGCGAUCUAUGAUAUAGAUAUAGCAGGGCGAGUUGCAGUGAUUGUACAAUUCUGUUUGUCGUACACCAUCACUAGCUCACUGCAAUCGCUGCCGCCGGG